UCUUGCCAAGUUUAAGUCAUUCCACUUUCAAUCACCACAGUGAAGAUGACUGUGACUUCGAAUUCCGAGACCGGCAAGCUCACUGGCUUUGAUGUGGUGCAGAGCAACUAUAAAACAGUUGAUGAUCACGGCAUUCGAGCAGACUUUUUGAUCCCAAAGGUGCUGCCUAAGGGGAAGAGACCCGUCAUAGUCUUCUUCCAUGGAGGCUGCUUGAUAACGGGCGAUUCACUUUUCCUUAACUGGUUCCCCCAAUGGGUUUUUGACCUCUCCCAGAAACAUGGGGCAGUGAUAGUGUCUCCAAACCAUCGCCUCCUCCCGGAAGCUACUAGCCUUGAAAUCAUCGAAGACGUGGAAGAUUUCUGGUCCUGGCUACAUUCCACCGCAGUGAUGAAACUCAUGUCGUCGCAUUCAAACCCGACGGAACUCGACCUGACCCGCGUUAUCACAAGUGGUGCAUCCGCCGGCGGUCUACUGAGCAUCUGCCUCGCUCUCUUGUACCCAGACAGCAUCCGGUCCGCCACGGCGAGUUAUCCCACCGUUGAUAUGGCAUCAUAUGAUGUCCCGAGAGCUAUACCAGCUUUCAACCCUCCUGGCUUUAUCCCUGAAUCCGUCGCUAAACUGAUCGAAGAUAAAACCCAGCCGGGGGUGGUGAUAUCAUCGGAUCUUCCACUUUCCCGGGUAGCACUUGCAAUGGCGUCUAUCGAACAGGGGAAGCUGACUGAAAUGUACGAAAGGGGUACAGAGCAUCUGCCCCGUCGUGAGGUGCGCUACCCGUUGGAACGAUUGGAUUCCCCUGACGCCAAGAUCCCCCGAGGUGGCAUCGCGAUCCUCCAUGGGCGCCAGGAUACCCUUGUCCCUGUUGAGCAUAGCGAGAAGUUUGUCGCCAAGGUGAGGAAAGCUAUGAAGGGGAAAGCGGGCGGUGAUAAGGUGUUCUUGGUUGUAAGGGAUGGAGGUCAUGGAUUUGAUAACGCGACAAAGCUGGAUGAGGAGUGGUUGUCUGAUUUGCUCAAGGGGGCUGUGGGGACCUGGUUGGAGUAAAUUACUUGCUUUCGUCGUGGUUAUCUGAGCUCGUGCGUUUCCAAUUCAUCAAUAUAGAACAGACCAAGACAUCGAAAUUGCCAAAUUUGAGAGAGCGUUCGUUGAUGGCUAGUUCAAGUUCACUGAUUACUAAUCCAUAUAAUCAAUCUCCC